UGCGUGGUACUGAAAGGUACUGGUGCCCUACGGUGCUCACGAUACGCCAAAGGUUCUCGUAUGGUAAAGUACGUACCAUACCGUACGGCACUCUCACUACAACACUACACCAGUUUCUUCCGACUCACCCGCACGGUUGUUUUCCCAUUCUCAAAUCACCGGAGCAGUUGGCAAGCGACCCCUCCCAGCAACGCAACGCAUACAGAACACACACAGAACACACACAGAAAGCACUCAACACUCAACAACACUAUGCUCUCGUCGUCGGUAUUGCGAAGAAGCCUCUCGUCCCUGGCCGCCAAGAAGGCCACCACCCCCGGUGUUUCGAUCGGGGCAUUCGACGGAAUUGCCCGUCGGUUCAAGUCCGAUGACGCCGGCGACGUGAUCGGAAUCGAUCUCGGAACCACGAACUCGUGCGUUUCCAUCAUGGUGCGUUUGUUUCCUGGGAUAGAAUUGAAAUUCAACGGAAUGGAAUGAAAGGAAAGGAAAGGAAAAGGAUUAGAAAAGGAAUGCCAAACCCGGAUCGAACCGCUCUGAAUUUGGAUUCGACAGUCAAUGGAUUGGAAGUGGGAACGGAAAGGAAGUACCGAAACCGAGCAAGGCCAAAAGAAAGCUUGGAACGACAGAAUAUUGAUCGAAACGCAAACAAAUCCAUCAUACCAAUCACUGGUAUGGCUAUUUUUCUUUGUUGGACGAACGAUGUGCUGUUUCGACAAGAUCAUCUCGUCUACCUUUGGUAUGCAGCGAACUGCCGAUUGCUUAUGGAAGGAGACUGAAACCUAAAGCAGUAUGGCGAUUCGAUUUGACUCGAUUCGAUUCGAUUCGAUUCGAUGUUCCAUCAAUCCUUGUGGUUCGCAGCCUUGUCGACUCGACUCGACUCGAUUCGUAUGGAUUCGAUCGGAUCCGCCCUCUGGAAACUCUUCCUUCCUUGCCCAUCUUUAUCCUUGCACUGCCAGUCCAGUUCAAAGAGUGUUGUGCAUUUUGUUUCGAUGGCUAUGCUCCGCUACAGUCCGAUUCGAUCCCUUUCCUGUCGAAGACCCAAAGCAUUCACUUGUUCGAUCACUCACUGGUUUGUCGUUUUUUUCUUUUUUGGGGUCUUUCGCGUUGCCGUCAACGAAUGCUCCGACAAACGUUUCCAAAUGGAUGUGUUUGUGCAUUCGCGUGAAUGGCUCUCUUUUUUGUGUGUGUGUUUUGUUGUUUGGUGUAGGAGGGCCGCACCGCCCGCGUCAUCGAAAACUCGGAGGGUGCCCGGACCACUCCCUCCGUCGUCGCCUUUGUCCACGGCGAAGGAGGUGCCGAAGCCGAGCGACUGGUGGGAAUGGCUGCCAAGCGACAGGCCGUGACGAACCCAGAAAAUACCAUGUACGCCGUGAAGCGUCUCAUCGGCCGCGGGUACAACGACAAGGAGGUCAACACCAUCCAGGGCCUCGUCCCGUACAAGAUCGUGAAGAGCGACCACAACGACGACGCCUGGGUCGCCGACACCCAGGGAACCAAGUACUCGCCCAGCCAGAUCGGAUCGAUGGUCCUGGGGAAGAUGAAGGAAACCGCUGAGGGAUUUUUGGGAAGAACCGUGAGCAAGGCCGUCGUCACGGUCCCCGCCUACUUUAACGAUAGCCAGCGACAGGCCACCAAGGACGCCGGAAAAAUCGCCGGACUCGACGUGCUCCGCAUCAUCAACGAACCCACGGCCGCCUCGCUGGCCUACGGAAUGGACAAGGCCGACGGAAAGACGAUCGCCGUCUUUGACCUUGGGGGAGGAACCUUCGACGUGAGCGUCCUGGAAAUCCAGGGCGGGGUGUUCGAGGUCAAGGCCACCAACGGAGACACCAUGCUCGGAGGAGAGGAUUUCGACGAGGAGCUUCUGUCGCACCUCCUCAAGGAAUUCCAGAAGGACUCCGGCAUCGACCUCGCCGGGGACAACCUCGCCAUGCAGCGCCUCCGUGAGGCCGCCGAGAAGGCCAAGCGCGAGCUCGACGGCCUGGCCCAGACGGACGUGUCCCUCCCCUUUAUCACAGCCGAUGCCACCGGACCGAAGCACAUGAACGCAAAGAUCUCGCGGGCUCAGUUUGAGAACAUGGUCCAGCCGCUGGUCGAUCGAUCGAUCGGCCCAUGCAAGUCGUGCAUGAAGGACGCCGACGUCGACAAGGACGACAUCCACGAAAUCAUUCUGGUCGGUGGAAUGACCCGAAUGCCAAAGGUACAGGAAACCGUCGAGGAUUAUUUCGGAAAGGCACCCUCCCGCGGGGUCAACCCCGACGAAGUUGUGGCCAUGGGAGCCGCCAUCCAGGGAGGAGUCCUCAAGGGUGACGUGAAGGACAUUCUGCUGCUCGACGUGACACCGCUGUCUCUGGGAAUUGAGACGCUCGGUGGGGUCAUGACCAAACUGAUCCCCCGCAAUACCACCAUCCCAACGAAAAAGCAGCAAACCUUUUCGACCGCCGCCGACAACCAGCCCCAGGUACAAAUCAAGGUUAUGCAGGGAGAGCGCGAAAUGGCAGCGGACAACAAGAGCUUGGGAGAAUUCGAUCUUGUUGGAAUCCCCCCUGCCCCCCGCGGUGUUCCGCAGAUCGAGGUCUCCUUUGACAUUGAUGCCGAUGGAAUCCUCAACGUGUCCGCCAAAGACAAGGGAACCGGAAAAGAACAAAACAUCAUCAUCAAGUCGUCUGGAGGUCUCUCAGAAGACGACAUCGAACAAAUGGUCCGUGACGCCGAAUCGAACGCAGAGGCCGAUGCCAAAAAACGCCAGCUGAUCGAAUCCAAGAACGAAAUCGAUUCCCUGAUCUACUCGACCGAAAAAUCCGUAGCGGACAAUGGCGACAAGCUCGACGCCGAGACCAAAACCGAAGUCGAGAAGGCCAUCGCCGAGGCUAAGGAGGUCAAGGACGGGGAAGACCUGGAACUCAUCAACAGCAAGAAGGAGGCCUUGAAUCAGGCCUCGAUGAAGAUCGGGCAGGCAAUGUACGCCAACAAGGGAGAAGGAGAAGGCGCCGAAGACAAGAAGGAAGACGAGAACACCCAGGACGCCGAAUUCACGGAAAAGAAAGAGGAAAAGAAGGACGACGAGAAGAAAUAAAUCUACUUUAACGAAGAGACAAGACUACUGCUGCCGCUGCCGCAAACAAUACGAAUAAAAAGAUACUAAUAAC